CGGACUGUAUACUCGAGAUUAUCCGCAUGACGAGCUGUGGAGUUUGACAAUCUCGCACCCGAACUAAAACAAAAAUGGAUUAUCGCUAAAAUGGGGUUUUAACAUUUAUUCAAACGACUUCACGUUGGGGUUUAUUACUUUGCGCGGAGAUUAUUUAACCGAGUGCAGCGAUUACUGAACAACGAUGUGAACGUUUCUGUCACGAAAAUGUUACUAAAUGUUUUAAACGAAACGUACUGGAACUCACUGUGGACAGUAUUUUUGUCUUUAAAGUCCGUAUAAAUGCGAAUCUGAGAGGAAAAGUGUGUGUUUUUGCCCAAUGCAGCGGAACAGCAGUCUCGUUUCCAUUUGGCUUCAGCUCGAGCUGUGCGCGAUGGCUCUUCUCCUCACUAAAGGAGAAAUACGGUGUUACUGUGACGCUCCCCACUGCGUGGCCACUGGUUACAUGUGCAAGUCGGAGCUGAACGCCUGCUUCACCCGCACCUUAGACCCCCAAAGCACGAACUCUCCUUUAUCUCACGGGUGUUACGACCCUAUGCUGAACUCUGGGAAAACUUGCCACUCGGAGUCAACCUUUGACCGCAUUCAUGGCUCUGCCACGCUUCAGUGUUGCCAUGAGGAUAUGUGCAACUACAGAGGCCUGCAGGAUCUCACAUACAGAGGAAGUGAAAUUCAUGAAAAACGGCGACACCCUCCUGAUGGCAGCCGUCAUGUGAUUGCACGCUUGCAGGAAAUCCCUUCAUCGAAGGAGGUUUGGUUUCGUGCUGCGGUCAUCACCGUCCCCAUCGCCGGCGGCCUCAUCCUGAUCCUCCUAAUAAUGUUGGCUCUGCGAAUGCUCCGCAGCGAAAACCGUAGACUGCGUCAACAGCGGCGGGAAAUGUUAUCUCGCCUGCAUUACAGCUUUCACGGCCAACACCUCACCAAAAGCCACGUGGCCAAGCUGGACUUGGAGUGUAUAGUUCCUGUUGGAGGCCACGAGAACUGCUGUCUGACCUGUGACAAGAUUCGACAGUCUGACCUCGGCAGCCAAAGACUUCUAUCAUUGGUCAACUGGGGAAAGUACAGCAACCGAGGAAAGCUGGAGUUCGUGUGAUGGCUUUGGUUUCCUUCAAACUCGUCUGAUGUUAUUUUGAACCCUUCUUAAGGAAGUACGAUUCAGAAGAGAACACUUGAAAGCGCUAAUCAUACGGUUUGCUGCUGGAGAAGCACUUUACUUGAAUUAGAGACUUGGGGACUGCUUGUAUUAUAGGCUGUGAUGAGGAGCGGCUUCAUGCUGGUGUUUUGUUUUAUCACCCGAAGGAUUCCAAAAAUACAUUUUGCACUUUUGUUGUAUAAAGAAUGUUUGGUUGAUUGCUUUAAUAGUGGUAUGAGAACACUCUCAGUGAAAAUGUGUAAAAAAAAAAAUGGUUGGACUGUAAACUUAAAUGCACAACUUUGUACCGUAUUUACUUCUAAAAACAACAUCGAAGUAUUCAAAAAUGGAAAUUACCUCAUCAUUUACUCUCAAUCAUAUGGAGCCAGAUCAAUCUCAAAAAUAAUACAUUUAAAAAAAUAUAAUUCAUACAUCCACAACGCAAUUUACAUUUUACAAAUCCAGUUCGUGAGUUGAAAACACAAUUCGUAAAUGCACAAAUCCAAUUUGUCAAUUCAAAACAUGAUUCAAAAAUUACACAAAUCCGAUUCAUAAAUUUUAAACACAAUUCAAAACUGCACAAAUCCAAUUCGGAAAUUCAAAACACGAUUCAAAAAUACAUAAAUCCAAUUAGUAAAUUCAAAACACGAUUCAAAAAUACACGAAUCCAAUUCGGAAAUUCAAAACACGAUUCAAAAAUACAUAAAUCCAAUUAGUAAAUUCAAAACACGAUUCAAAAAUACACAAAUCCAAUUCGGAAAUUCAAAACAUGAUUCAAAAAUGCACAAAUCCAAUUCGUAAAUUCAAAACACGAUUAAAAAAUACAUAAAUCCAAUUCGUAAAUUCAAAACACGAUCCAAUUCGGAAAUUCAAAACAUGAUUCAAAAAGACACAAUUCCAAUUCGUAAAUUCAAAACACGAUUCAAAAAUAAAUAAAUCCAAUUCGGAAAUUUAAAACAUGAUUCAAAAAUACACAAAUCCACUUCAUAAAUUCAAAACACGAUUCAAAAUUGCACAAAUCCAUUUCGUAAAUUUAAAACACGAUUCAAAAAUACACAAAUCCAAUUCGUAAUUUCAAAAAACGUUUAAAAAUACACAAAUCCAAUUCGUAAAUUCAAAACAUGAUUCAAAAAUAUACAAAUCCAAUUUGUAAAUUUAAAACAUGAUUAAAAAAUACACAUCCAAUUCGUAAAUUGAAAACAUGAUUAAAAAAAUUACACAAAUCCAAUUUGUGAGUUCAAAAUACAAUUCAAAAAUACACAAAUCCAAUUCGUAAAUUUAAAACAUGAUUUAAAGUUACACAAAUUUUAUUUGUAAA